ACGCCGACCUAUAAAUUCUCUCGUUUUUCUCUCGACCUGGAGCAGUAGAACGAGAGAGGGAGAGAGCGGGAGGGAGCUCGAGCUGAGGGGAGAUGCCAGGGUUGACGUGCAACGCGUGCAACAAGGAGUUCGUGGAUGAGGCGGAGCAGAAGCUCCACUACCGAUCGGAAUGGCACCGGUACAACCUCAAGCGCAAGGUAGCAGGAGUCCCAGGGGUGACUGAAGCACUAUUCCAGUCUAGGCAAUUAGCUCUGACUGAAGAAAGGAACAAAUUGAGUGCAUCUCCCAUGUUGUACAGUUGUGCUCUUUGCCAGAAGGAGUACAGAAGUGCUAAGGCUCAUGCUCAACAUUUGAAUUCAAAGAGUCAUGCUUUGAAAGCUUCUCAAGAUGCAAGUGCUCUGGGCGCUGGCAUUACUACAGUAAUAAAGCCACUUACAACUCGUGCACCAAAUAAGUCAACUUUAAGUAAGCCUCCAAUGUUUAAAGGAAGGGCUGAAGAGGGUACUGAAAGUGAUGAUGAAUGGGUGGAGGUCGGCUCUGCUGAUGAUCUGGAUGAGGCUUCUAAAGCUGUGAUGGAUCUCCAAGUAAAUGAGGAUGCUUCUGGGACUGAUGCUGAGGAAGAAGAUUACAUGGAUGAAGAUGAAGACCUAGACCCUGCAAGCUGUUUCAUUUGUGACCAAAAGCAUAAAACUAUUGAGAGCUGCAUGGUUCACAUGCAUAAGCAGCACGGUUUUUUCAUACCAGAUGUUGAGUAUUUGAAGGAUCCCAAGGGUUUCCUUACAUAUGUCGGUCUGAAGGUUAAAAGGGAUUUCAUGUGCUUGUAUUGCAAUGAUAGAUGUCAUCCUUUUCAUAGCCUGGAGGCUGUUAGGAAGCACAUGAUUGCAAAAGGUCAUUGCAAGGUACAUUAUGGUGACGGAGGCGAUGAUGAGGAAGCAGAAUUGGAGGAAUUCUACGAUUAUAGCAGCAGCUAUGUUGGUGUGGAAGGAAAACAGUUGGUAGCAUCUGACAAUGUGGACAAUGUUGAACUUGGAAGUGGGGGAUCUGAGCUCAUUAUAAAAAGCACUACUGAUGGCAAGACAUCUGUUAAGACUCUUGGUUCUAGGGAAUUUCUUCGUUAUUAUCGCCAAAAACCACGCCCAUCACCUUCAAGCGACAUUGCUCUAGCAAUUACUUUGGCUUCAAGGUACCGAAGCAUGGGCUUGGCAACAGUUCAGUCAAGAGAACAAAUCGUGCGAAUGAAGGUUUUGAGGGAGAUGAAUCGGAGCGGCGUGGAAGCUAUGCGCUCCAAGAUUGGAAUGAAGAGUAACGUCAUUAGAAACCUUCCUAAGAACGUCACACAUUAAUCUGAGUUCAAACUUUUCAAAAAUUUGCAUUCCUUAUAUGCAUAAAACACCAAUUCAUGUAUUGAGCUAAAUAUUUAUUGCCUGUGUGUGCUUUGUACUACUUUGGUCUACAUACAAGUUUCCGAAAAUUUUGUAAAACGCUCCAAGAAAUCCUCUUAACUGAACUUUGUUAUAUAUUUUUUUUCUUUUUUC